AGUUUCGAACUAGAAACGAAAUUUUUUUUCGGCACAGCCUGCUAGUUCUAAACAGACGUAAUUCGGUCUCCUCCAGUCUCCUCUCCUUGUUCUAGUCUUCAUAACAUACAUCUUGUUUUUUUACACCAGUGGAGUGCGUGAACGUGACAGUGUGUCGGCACCGUCGCGUGACAGGAAUUUCGCUAGUAGUAUGUUCCGAUAGCUCGGAGCGUGUCGAGUUACUCCUAGGAGUGUUUCGUUCUCGACGAGUGCACCGUUGAGGCUUGCACGAGGAAGCGACAGCGUGUCUCUUAUGAACGACAUAUUAUAGCGAACUGCAUGUGACACGAUCAUGGCGAAGGAUGAAGGGGACGAUGUGCUGCCGGAUAAGGACGCGGCCAAGGGAUUUUACGCCAAAUACGAGCCUAAAGAGAUCUUGGGAAGGGGAAUAUCUUCCACUGUGAGAAGAUGCAUAGAGAAAGAGACGGGAAUAGAGUACGCGGCUAAAAUUAUAGACAUAAGCAACGAGACUCACGAGGACGGGCAUACUAUGAAGGAUGCCACGCUGCAGGAAGUGCAUAUACUUCGCAGAGUAGCCGGACACCCAUAUAUCAUUGAAUUGCACGAUGUUUUCGAAUCUAGUACAUUUAUAUUCUUAAUUUUUGAAUUGUGCAAGAACGGAGAAUUGUUUGAUUAUCUCACGUCAGUUGUGACGCUCUCUGAAAAGAAGACGCGCUAUAUCAUGAGACAAGUGUUUGAAGGAGUUCAGCAUGUACAUAAUCAAGGAAUAGUGCACAGGGAUCUGAAGCCUGAGAAUAUAUUACUCGACGAUAACUUGAAUGUGAAGAUAACGGACUUUGGAUUCGCCAGAUUAUUGAAGCAUGGGGAAAAAUUAGAAGAUCUUUGUGGCACGCCUGGCUAUCUAGCACCAGAAGUAUUAAAGUGCAACAUGUUUGACAAUACAGAAGGUUAUGGAUUCGAAGUUGACAUAUGGGCAUGUGGCGUGAUUAUGUUUACGCUAUUAGUUGGCUGUCCUCCAUUUUGGCAUCGCAAGCAGAUGGUUAUGCUGAGGAACAUAAUGGAGGGAAACUAUUCAUUCACCUCUCCCGAAUGGGCUGACAUAACGGAGGCUCCAAAAGAUUUAAUAAGGAAGUUGUUGGUUGUUGACCCCAAGAGACGAAUUUCUAUAAAAGAUGCGCUGGAACAUUCGUUCUUUCACACUGUUCUGUGGGAUCAAGACAUCGCUCCUCUAAAACGUUCUCUGUCGUCUAACUCGCGACGUCUGAGUAGGAUAUCUCAAUUAGCUUUGGAGUUGAAGGCGAAAUCGUUCAAUGCCAGAAAGAGAUUCCAGUUGGCAAUUAUUUGUGUGAGAGCUGUUGUUCGUAUUAAACGGCUUCAUAUCACGCCCGAACCGCUUUCAACACAAGUGGCUUGUACCGACCCGUACAGAAUAAAAAUUUUGCGAAAGGUGAUUGACGGCUGCGCGUUUCGUGUCUACGGGCAUUGGGUGAAAAAGGGAGAGGGACAGAAUCGUGCGGCACUUUUUGAAAACACGCCAAAGACAGAAUUGAAGCAUCUAUACGUUAGUAAUUUAAGUAGAUAACUGUUACUGUGUUAAACUGUUUUAGUUAAAUUUACCGGUACCGGAAUCUCGAUGGUCCUAAUGAGAUGUCAUGAUGAGAUAAGACAAAUACAUUUAUAAAAUAGUCAAAAGUGAAAAUUUUUUCUGAGAUUUAAGUAUAGCGGAUAGUACUCGGACUAAUUAGAUAUUCACUAAAAUUUAUAUCUACAUAAGGUCUGCGGUGCUUUAGUUUUAAUAGAAUUGGUAUGUCGAUUGAAAUUAGAGUAGUGAAAAACUUUGUACAAAAUACUUGAACUUUAAGUCAGAGAACGUUUUCUGAUAUUUUUUAAACAAAUUGUAAGUUUUACAAUGCAACAAUAUACACCACGUGUGACAUUGUGGUGGAGCAAAAGUUUUAUUAAAAGUUAUUUAAAUCUUUGUUUUUUUUUAUUCAAAGCAAAACAUGAUAUACUUAAUUAUAAAAAAUACCAUGUAUUUCUAUAUGAAUAGCAAUAAUACUUUGUGACACACUUAUUACAUGAUAUAGAAUGCAUAUGUACUGUUAACGUUUUAUUUUUGCAGAAUCUGAAAAUAUUCUAGGUUUAGCGCUUUAUGUAAAGGUAUGUUUUCAGAGAUUCAUUUAUAGGUUAAUUUUUAUUAGAGGAGAUAAUGCUUCAUGUAAAAUCUAGUCACAAUUUUUGUACAAAUAAACUUGUCUUAAAGCACA